AUGAGUUCUCCUUUAAGCGUGACCCAACUUUUCAACGUCAAGGACAAGAACGGAGCGAAAGUGUACAUCGCCUCUCGCAACCUCGACACCUGCCAAGCUACUGCAGACGAGCUUAAUGCCAAAGGCCCUGGUAAAUGCAAUCCGGAGGCAUGCAAGGCAUUGGCGGAUGAGAUAACCAAAAGGGAGACACGCGUCGAUGUUCUUGUCAACAACUCGGCGGUUGGAAUCGAAACUCCUGUGGAGAACACACCAGAAUCAGCGUGGAGUGAGACUCUGUCCGUGAAUGUGACGGCGCCCUACCUUCUAACGCGUUUCCUGCUCCCUCUGCUGGACGCUGCUACAACGUCCACCGACGGAGCGCGUGUCAUCAACAUUGGCUCGAUCGCUGGCUUCAUGCCGCAAAAGAUCGACACCAUCGUGUACGACACGUCCAAAGCUGCGGUGCACCACAUGACGCGCGCACUCGCGGCCAAGUUGGCUCGCCGCCCGAACGGGGGCCACAUCUUGGUGAACGCCAUUGCGCCCGGGUUGGUGCCGUCCCAAAUGACGGACGGGAUCGCAUACGUGACUGGCAAGCCUUUUGACAAGAUCAAGCAGGAAAUCCCCACGGAGAGCAUGGGUCAAGACUCGGACAUGGCUGGGUUAACGUUAGCCAUUUUCCUGGCGUCAAAGGGCUCCGGAUGGAUCUCCGGCCAGGUCAUCACAUGCGACGGAGGAAUGGUCGGCGCAGCAGAAACUGGGGUGGGUCCAUAA